UCGAAGUCGAGCCCCCGAGAACGUCGAGAACGAGCUGCGGUGGUGGGCACUGAGGCCAGGAUCCUGCGCGCGAACCUCGAGUCCUCGAUGCCGCGAGGUCCGUCCCGCGAGUGCUUCCGGUCGCCCCGCUGAGAUCGACCCCGGGAGGAUCACGCCGCGGGCCCGCCGUUGCCUCGACGUGACGUGACGUGAGGCGACCUAACCUACAAAAAGGGGAGGAGGAAAGGAAAAACAACAGGCUGAGGAGAGAGGAAUCCUGGUCCGUCCGGAUCGCGACGAGGAGAGCGUCGGGAACGCCCUAUGCCAACGGCGGGGAGAUCACCCUCCGGUGAUAUGGCCACGCUCCCGGCCGCGGGAUCCUCGAGGUGCGCCACUCCGGCAGUGUUGCACACCGACCUGACGUCCGCCCGACGCGCGACGACGACGACGACGCAGACGACGCAGACGACGGCGCAGUUGCUCGGGCACGAUGUGCAGGCACCACGCUUGAUGUAGACUACUAUGCGAGGUGGAACAGAUCUGGACAGAAGCGGCAAUCAAUGAAGGUCCCUAUUACCGAAAACUCAAACAUGGACAAUAAAUUGAAGUUUUCGGACCGCUUGAAGGCUCUGCUGAAAACCGAGGCGCACCAAGAUGUUGAUCCGUACAUUUUCAGCGAGCCGGAACCGUUCGCCACGGCAGCGGGACGAAAUGCCACGGUGGUACCACCGACAAAUCCCGAAGUGAUGCUAGGCUGCAAGAACAACCGGCCAAAGGGGAAAUGCGUGAAGCAGAGGAUAAGGAUGGCAGCGCCUGUGCCAGCCGCGGGCUACAAGAUCGCCGGGGUGGUCGGCAAUGCCGCGACGAUGGAGACAGGCGCGGUCAAGGACAUCGGCGUCGGGGAGAGCCUGGAUCACAAAUUCGCUAAUCUGGUUCAGCGUAAGCAGCGACACCUCGAGAAUCUGCGAAGAUUGAGAUCCAGGAGGCAGAGUCGGGACCACACGCUGCUGUACUAUCCGAGGGCCGGGGACGAGAUAUCCGACAGCGACUCGAGCGGGGACGAGGUGACGGUCCAUCAGCGCCACUGGUUCUCCGGCGAGUCCACCGCGCCGGUGAACCGGGCGGCUCGGCUGGCCCAGCUGCGCUCGCAGCUGCAACGACAAUUGCUCCAGCUGCGCAUCGACGGUGCCGAUGCCGAGGCCGUGCUGCGGCACCGGGUCAGAUGCUUGCUGGAGGCCGCGACCAAGGAUCCCGCCUCCACCGCGCGGGUUCUAAGCGACUCUCCGAGCACCAGCAAGGUACUCGACGGACCGCUGUUGGUUGGCGGGCCAUGCGGGGAGGAGGGUUGCCAGCAGACGUCUCUGCCCUGCACCCGGCACUGCUCCCGCCACAUCAUGUCAAACGGAGAUCAGCUCCUGUUCGAGCAUUGCACUGCCAAGUUUAGUGACAACACACAGUGUUGCGUUCCUGUGUUUGACGUCGCGCACGAAUUACCCCUUUGCCCGGAGCACGCGAGGAAGCGGGACAAUUAUCACCGUAAAAUCCAAGAAUCCAAACCAAAGAAAGCCCGUAAAAAGCCAGCGUCCCCCCCUGUCCCGGCGAAGCCUAAACCCAAGUCCAAGCCGAAGAAGCGCAAACGGCCGCCCUCGAAUAAAAUAGAGACUACCAAGGCUGCCGCCGCGCUGAUGCACGAGGAGAGUCAUUACCUGAGCCAAAUGAACUGUAGUGAAAACCACACCAAGACGUUGAACAAUCUGAAUAUUCCGCAGGGAAGUUCGAAUACGUCCAACUUAAGUCUAGGAUUGGGACUGGGCUCCCUCGGCCUGACCGGCGGACUCAAAGUUGAGCUCGGUGAUAACGAGGUGUUCGCUUCCUUGGAUUCCGCCGAGCACGACUUUGGCACUGUGCUCAACAACUUACCCCCGGAUGCUUUUAACGACUUAUUUAUCGAGGGUAGAAACGGAGAUUACGAGCCGUCGCGGGAAGAGGAGGAGGAAUUGCAACGGGCUUUGGAAGAAGUUGACAAGGAUGUGCGAAACUUGGAGAGGAUGGGGCAGACGCAUGGGCUUUUAGAGCCGGCCUUGCUCGCCCAGCUUAUGUCGGACAUUGCCUCGUAGCCCCACCAAUCCUAACGUAAUAAUCUUUCGGGAAGGGAAUUCGUGCGUGUUCCUUGUAAACCGUAGAGAGAAAAAUACUGUUUGUGUAUGUGCUGCUAAACGUAAGAUUGCGUUAUAGACUGUUGUUACGUAGCCACGCAAGUCCGAGAUAAUGGCAGGGAUUGACAUACAGAAAGUAACAAACGAAGAAAAAAAAAUGAAAAAAAAACAAUAGCAAAUUUAUGAAUUUAGUGUAAACAGCAUCGGGUACAAUACCACACAGAUAGGUUUAUGUCAGACAAGUAGCAGUGUAAAAAAAAAAAAAAGAAAUCGAGAAUUUCAUCCUUUUUGACAAAUAAUCACGGACAUUAUUAUUACAUUAUUAUUAGAUUACAUGCAAUAUAUUUGUAGCUUAUUUGCAAAUACUUUUGACUUGCACUUGACAAAUUUGCUUAGGAAAAUUGUUAUAACUGCAAUUAAUAACAUGCAAUCAUUUUUCUUUGUAACGAAGUGUAUAAAUAGAAUGGGAGGGUAAGAGCGGGCGCAGUUCAUAUUAAUGGUUCAAACUAAAUUCCAACGCAACGCGAGCUAAACCGGGAUGCAUAGUUUUCUCAUUUUUAUAUACGGCUUGUUUUUAUUGAGAUCCACAGUAAGGAAUUUAUCUAAAUUAUGUGUACUAAUAUAGCUCCCAUAUUUAUUGAACUACACGUAAUGUCUAGCUAAUUACUGACUCUACUCAAAUAAUAGGUACAAAGGUAUUUUUAUGACUGAUUUGUAAUGAUUUUAUUUGUUAUCGAUUAUGCUGUAGCAACUGUGAGAGACGUAUUCCGGUUUAUAACCGGGGUACGCUUAGCUCUACAAAAAAGCUAAAGAACAGAAUAACUGGAGUCAAACGACAUAAUACUUGAAAGAAAUAUUUGGUGUUCGUAUAUAACUUUGUAUAUAUAUACAUAAAUAUAUAUAUACAUAUAUAUAUAUAUCAUUCUUAUAUUAGAGCAAAUUGUAGUAAAAUUAUUCGUUAAUUUGCAGAAUGUAAAAAUUGGUAUUUGCAUUUUUUCAAUGGCAGAAAUAUACAGCGAGAAAAAAGAAAUUAUGAACCUGGGGAUAUACAUCGUAUGCGGUAUCAUCCUUUGAAAAUAUACUAUCUGAAUUUUAUUUAAAUAAAAUACAUUUUUUCAGAA